UGUUCGUCCAGAGGACUGGCUUUUCUGAUGUCCCCUUCGAUGGUGGAGGGUGUUGAUGAUCUUUCCGUUGUUGUUUCAUUGACUUCAUCUGCCCAAGAGGUUAGGUUAGAGGAGAGCUGGGGGUUGGUUGGUUCAGAUUGGCUUGGCUGCGUGUUCUGCUCGUCAAUUUCCAUAUCUGUAUGUUGUGCUACUAUGUUGGUGUCAGUGUUGGGAGUUACGGUGUCGUGUUUCUGA